UGUUGGGGUUCAAAAACCCUCGAAGACAUGCAUUUUUCCACAGUCGAAAGCGAACGUAUUAGCCGCUCUACUCUCUUUGCUGUAAUUAUCUAAAUUCCUGCUCCAAAAAGAGUGCAGAAGUGAAGGUUGGGGAAGGAGAAAGGUUAAAGGGGUUGCAUACUGCAAUUUGCAAUGGUUGAUAUGUGGUGGUCCCUUCUUGGGGCUGCCAUUCCGGCUGUUAUUGCGGGACAAGCUUUUAGGAUGAAGAAAAAGCAUGCUGAAGAACAAAGAAUCAAGAGUGCCAGGGGAAGGGAGAAGAGUUCAGAUGAUAUCUUUGUUUGUGAGAGAGUGUGCACAUCAAAGAGAAUGUUGAAAAAGGUUGGGGCAUUUUCAAAGGAUCCUAUUCCCGAUACUUGUGUUACCGUUUGUGGUGUGUCGGAGCUUGAUGCUUGCUCUGAUGCAUGUGCUCGAACUGUUUGUGUUAACCAACAUCAAGUGCCCAACUGGAAUGACAUUUGCCUCCGGAGGUGUCAGAGUGAGUGUCUUAAGUUAUCGGCUUCUAAUUCUUCUUAAUGCGGUUCUCUUUAGAUUUUGAACAGCAGAGCAAAAUAUGGAGAACAUUUGCAUUUAGUUCCAAUGACUGCUAUUUCACUCGUAAUUGUUGGAUUUAUUUCUGUAUUUGAAAAGAUUAUUCUUUGUAUGGUUUUCAUAUUUUGAUCUC